AUGAAGAAGGCUGAUGGUCGAUGGAAGUACUGGUGGUGGGGAUUGAUGAUUGUGGUGGUUGAUGGCAUCUCCGACAUAAAAGAGGUUGACGAUCUCGAUAGAGGAGAAAGAGAUGGAGAGGAUGAAGUCAUUUACGUUGUGUCGUGUAUGGUGUGGGGUGGGCCCAAGAAUCAGAGGACAUUUCGUCCCAAAAAAAGUGCACCCUCAGGGAGUAAGGGUGCACAACUAAGGAAACACAUUGAUGCUACUUUGGGAAGUGGAAACUUAAGAGAAGCUGUAAGACUUCCACCAGGGGAAGAUAUAAAUGAAUGGCUUGCUGUCAACACUGUGGAUUUCUUCAACCAGGUGAAUCUUCUUUAUGGCACAUUAACCGAGUUUUGUACACCUGACAGCUGUCCAACAAUGGCUGCGGGCCCAAAAUAUGAAUAUAGAUGGGCUGAUGGUGUGCAAAUCAAGAAGCCUAUAGAAGUAUCGGCUCCAAAAUAUGUGGAGUAUUUAAUGGAUUGGAUUGAGUCACAAUUGGAUGAUGAAUCUAUAUUUCCUCAAAAACUCGGUACACCAUUUCCUAACAAUUUCAGGGAUGUAGUGAAAACGAUAUUUAAACGUUUAUUUCGUGUAUAUGCUCAUAUUUAUCAUACACACUUUCAAAAGAUUGUGAGUCUCAAGGAGGAAGCACAUUUAAAUACAUGCUUCAAGCAUUUCAUAUUGUUUACAUGUGAGUUCUGUUUGAUUGACAACAAGGAGUUAGCUCCACUUCAAGAGCUUAUAGAAUCCAUUGUUAUCCCUCAUUGAAGAACCUCUCUAUUGAGGAACAUAAUAAGAUGGUGUGGUUAAAGAUGUCAAAUAUUAAUGUUGUGUUUUUUAUUCUAUUAUUUGAUCCGUUAAUGAAAAAGUUGUGAUUUUAAAUCUUUGUAUGGCUAAAUGUUUUUACCAAGAUAGGCUUUCUUGAGCUA